UCGAAUUGGAAAUAUCCAAUCCAGUCAGUUGUAGAAAAUUAAUGUUUGUGCGUUUAUUUGUGCUAUAUUCAUUAGAAAUUGAUUUCCUGCGACUGUUUAUUAUCCAAAUAAAACAGAAGAAUGGCAAUGGCAGAUGAUCUCUGGCGGGAAUGCGCUGCUUGGCUAACCAGAUGCAAAAUUAUUCCAGCGGAUCACAAAGCGAACCAGCCAGAUUCCGAAAUAAAAACUUUGGCUGCAAUCCUGCGGGACGGUGUUUUACUGUGCAAUCUAGUAAAUUUUCUGGACUCCAGUGCAUUUGAAAUUAGAGAUUUUAAUCGAAAACCUCAAAUGGCGCAUUUUUUAUGCAUUCAAAACAUCAAGCUGUUCUUAGACAUAUGUAAAACUAACUUCGGCCUUAAAGAAUCGGAUUUGUUUGAGCCCACCAUGCUUUAUGAUCUCACCAAUUUUCACCGAGUGCUAAUAACAUUAUCAAAACUUUCUCAAACGCGUAAAGCCCAGUUGGUCCAGAAUAUUGUGGGCUUCAACUAUCAAAUUUCGCAGUCGGAUAAGAGCAAUUCUGAUGAAGACAUCUAUAAAGAUUUGCAUGUAACAUCUAACAUUUAUACUACGACAAAAAAAGAAAUUAGAGAUGCAGUCGAAACCAAUAACGUGGAUCAGUUUUAUGGAAUAACGUGGAGUACGGAGCAUCAGAGUUGCUUUGAUUAUGAAGCACGGGAUAUCUACGACAGCAUUGCUAAUGAUAGUGAAAAAAUUUAUGAAGACUUAUGCUACGUCACUUUCUCUACUACUACACCACAGCUUGCGUCGACAGCCAGUUUCGAACAGAGAGAUUUUGUUAUCAAAGAGUUGGUCGAUACAGAGACAAAUUAUUUAGAUGCUUUAUUGGCUUUAAAAUAUAAGUUUAUGCAACCUUUGGAGCGAGUUUUGGCGAAGGAUGUCUUACGCAUAAUAUUUCCAUGUAUAAAAGAGUUAGUAGACAUCCAUGAGAAAUUCCUGGCAAAAUUACGAGAAACUGUGGCCGUAGAUUCAAAGUUGAAACUUAGUGUAGUUUUCCUGGAAUUUCGAGAACCAUUUCUAAUAUAUGGCGAUUACUGCUCUAGUAUGACUAAUGCAACUGAUAUGCUACGAGAAGUAUGUAAAAAGUCAUCCAACGUGGAGCAAAUCGUAAACCAAUGCCAGAAAGAGCAUAGCGGCGGCCGACUGCAGUUACGUGACAUUCUAUCUGUUCCUAUGCAAAGGAUUUUAAAAUAUCACCUUUUAUUAGAUAAACUAGUACAAGAAACGAGUCCGUCUCACGAUGAUUUCCGUGGCCUUGAACGAGCCAAAGAGGCAAUGGUAGAUGUAGCACAGUAUUCCAACGAAGUCAAGCGGGAUUCGGAACACCUGGUUGUUAUACAAAAGGUUAAGGAAAGUAUUUUAGAUUUAAACCUUCCAAACGGCAACAAUCUCGAACAGUAUGGGAGGCUAUUGUUAGAUGGUGAUUUGAAUAUAAAAGCACAUGAAGAUCAGAAAACUAAACAUAGGUACUCCUUCGUAUUUGAGAAGGUUAUGAUAUUAGUGAAAAAUUCGAAUACAAAAAUCGGAGAGGGACAAUAUGUGUUUCGAGAAGCACACAAUCUACAAGACUACCGUGUUGAGAUCUGCCACUCCAGGCGUACUUUAGGCCGCGACGGCAGAUUAAAAUAUUCCUUACUUUUAGCGAGAAAAACGCAAUCUACAGCAUUUACGUUAUACAUGAAAACGGAAGAAGAACGGGAUAAAUGGAAACGCGCCUUCGACAUUGCCAUGGAGGUUAUAGACCCAAUGGGGUGUCGAAAUACAGAUCACAGAUUUUAUGUAUGCACUUUUGAUGCUCCUAUCAUUUGUCGACAUUGCUCUAAAUUUUUAAAAGGAAAAAUUCAUCAAGGUUAUCGCUGUAAAAGUUGCGAAAUAGUAGUACACAAGGGAUGUAUAUCAUCAACUGGUCGAUGUAAACAGGACCAGUCUCCACCACCAGUAUGUGAUCGAUUGUUAUCAGAGUUCAACUGGUUCGUAGGGGCGAUGGAUCGAGAUGCAGCUACAAAUAAGCUAGAAAAGAAAAAAGUUGGCACCUAUUUACUACGUGUCCGUCCUCAAGGUGCAUCGAAUUCUUAUGAAACGAUUUACGCGUUAAGUUUAAAAACCGAUAACAAAAUUAUAAAGCAUAUGAAAAUUUAUCAAAAACAAGAAAAUUUUAGUGUCUUGUAUUAUCUUUCGACACGACGGCAUUUCAAGACCAUCGUUGAGUUAGUUUCAUUUUAUGAGCGCAACGACCUUGGAGAAAAUUUUGCUGGGUUAAAUCAGUCGCUUCAAUGGCCUUUCAAAGAAAUCAUUGCAACAGCCCUGUAUGAUUUUUCACCAAACGAACCUAAUCAACUGCCGCUCAGGCAGGGGUGCCAAGUUAUUGUAAUAGGAAAGGAAGGUGAUAGCAAAGGAUGGUGGCGAGGAAAAACAAUGGAAAAGGUCGGGUUUUUUCCUAAAGAAUAUGUGCGUGAAAAUCAUACGAUUUCUGAUGAUCAAUGACAGUACGAUUAUUUCGUUUACAUCGAACCGCAUGCACAACGCAGGAAUCUCUAAGAUAAAAUGUUCUGGAAAUCUAUUACUACAUUGUUGUUACUGUUAUUCUUUGUUUAAUUAUUAGAAAACGUGAAAUAGUUGUUAAGAUGUAUGUAUAUCAGAGCUGGAUGUAUCGCUAGUUUAUUUCAAUAAUUUAUAAUUACCGACAUUCAAGAGAGACUUAAUAGUUUCAAUGCCAAAUUUUCUAGAUAUAUUUAAGCCAUAAAACAUAUACAAUUUUACACCGUAA